AGUGCGUUUGUAGUCGGUCACCUUGCACUACGGUAUGGCAGUCGCGUCUGGUGCAGCCGAGAGUGGGCUCUCUCAUAAAGCUGGCGCGGGUGGCGUUUCCUUUAUUUGUUGUUGGCGCGCGGCGUGCCAGGGACGUGCGACAUGCGGAUACUGCUGAUAUGUAUGCUGUGCGCAGUCACAGCUUACGCACAAUAUGACUCACCUACACCCCAAAGACUGGCCAUACCUGGAGCAAUACCAUUAGGCAAUCCACGACAAGGCGGCUUCCGGCAGGGUAGGAUACAAGCGCCCGUGCCGGGAGUGGCGAACAGGAUCCGCAGGCCGGGCCUCGGCAGACCCUCGUUCAAAUCGGUUGACGCCUCGCCUCGACCUAGUCUCCAAUCGCUGGAUGACCUGGCGAAGCCUGUGACCGAAGAGCCGGAAGACGAAAUAGAAAUCAACACCCCUACUGCUUUCUCUCCAAGCGGAUUCUCCACGCCAGAACCACAAAAUGACUUUUACGACAUAACCACAACAUCUCAACCGAAACCACCUAUUGUUUUCAAUCCAUCGCUAUUCCAGCAAUCAACGCCACCAGCGCCGAGGCCGGAGCCCAUCCGACCAACGCAAUACCGACCUUUGUUGCUUCCACAAGCAUUCAAUCCCGUAAGAAGCGAGCCACCUAAACCUCAACCGGUGAGGCUUCAACCAUUGUCAAGCAGACCUCAGCGCCCGGUAUUCCGACCAGAGCCUAAACCUUUUAUUGACGAUGACGAAGAGCCGAUCCAACCGGUCAGACAAUACUCGAGGCCGACGCAGGAACCGAUUAACCGCGCGCCUGUGAAAAGUGCUCCUCAAAGAUACAAUGCUAACAAUCCCAGAGAGAAGAAGCCAGUAGCACAAAUUAUUCGCAAAUAUCGCGAAGAAAAUGAAGAUGGUAGCAUCACAUGGGGCUUCGAGAACGACGAUGGAUCCUUCAAAGAAGAGACUAUUGGUGUAGAUUGCAUCACUCGUGGCAAAUACGGCUACGUCGACCCAGAUGGUCUAAAACGCGAAUACAACUAUGAAACUGGCAUCCAAUGUGACAAAAAUAAAGAAACACAAGAGGAAAAAGGUUUUAUAGAUUACCAAGAAAAUAAAGCAGUGCUGCCUAAUGGUAUCACGAUUGAUCUCGCCGCAAUGGGUAAAAAAUCCAAAAGGCCAUUCCGGUCACCUGUAAAUCAUUAGUAUUAAGGACUAUGUAUUUAUUUUAGGAAAAUCUAGUUCUAAGAAAGUUUUCGUUAUCUUGUCAUGAUAGUGUUAGAUUUUAACACAGCCAUCACCCUGGUUGUUCAAAUGUUUUGAUCAGCCUGAAGUGUCAAAUAAACAUUUAAAUAAACAA